AUGGCGAUCAAGGAGAUGAAUUUGGGUGCCUCUAAGGAAGUGAAUUUGUUAGGAAGGAUCAAUCACUUCAACCUGAUAAAGCUGGAAGGUUACUGUGAAAAAGAUGGAUCCUUCCAUCUUGUUUUUGAGUACAUGGAAAAUGAUCCUUGCUAUGUUCACAAGGCCAUAAACACUGAUAAUAUAUUGCUAAAUAAAGAUCUAAGGGCCAAGAUAGCGAAUUUCACUUUGGCUAAAGAAUCAGAUAGAGAAGUAACAAGCUCUUGUUCUUAUUACACAUCACAUGUUGUGGGAACUAGGGGUUAUAUGGCUCCAGAGUAUCUUGAUUCAGGGAGAGUCACAUCGAAGAUGGACGUGUAUGCGUUCGGAGUGGUGCUGUUGGAAUUGAUCACUGGCAAAGAUUCUAUUAUUGUGCAGGAUGAUGGAAGUGAGACGAUGCUUUCAUCAAUCAUAUUGAAUCUCAUUGACAAAGAUGAUGCAGAAGAGAAACUCGGUUUGUUCAUUGAUCCUAGUCUCGUGGGAAACAGUCAGAAGGUCUAUGCAAUUCAGCUAGUUAAGCUAAGCCUAGCAUGCUUGGUUGAAGAACCUUCAAGGAGACCAAACAUGGCAGAAGUGGUCUCGAGUUUGCUUAGAAUAUAUACAGAAAUUGAGACAAGAACGUCACCCUGCCGCAUCAAUGACAGUGGAAGCACGGAGAGGUUAAAUCGUAUAGAGUGUGACGGAGAAAUGAAGAGUGAAGAGUGUGACAGAGAGUAG